UAAACCUCGGAGCAAUUCAUAACUGUCAUGUGCGCGUAAAGGAGAGAUCCUGGUCAGGGGAAAUAGCCUGUACAAGACGGCAUCGGCUUCACUCAGUAUUACAAAAGGGUACAAAUACAGGGACCUCAAAGUUCCUUCUCUACACGCUUCAACUGAUCAGAUCCUUCUGGGUUCAGACGGGUUCUGACAGGGAUAUCUGGUAACCCUGAACGUGCCGGUGUAUUUUUUUAUUUAUUUAUUUAUUUAUUAUUAUUAUUUUUAUAUAUUUUUUUAAACUAAACGCGCACAGAGACCACAGAAAUCCCAGCUCUUUAUUUACCGGGAAUAACAAGCUCCAUUAACAUGAUGCGACGCUGGAUAUGGUUGUUUUUGGCCAGUGAGUUGGUCAUGUUACGCGUGAGAGGCAUGGCUUUGCAGAAAGCUGCGUACUCACACGCCGGUCUCUGUCCUAACGAUGUGAACCCCAACCUGUGGGUGGACGCAAUGAGCACCUGCACCCGGGAGUGCGAGUCCGACCAGGAAUGUGAGACAUUUGAAAAGUGCUGCUCAAAUGUUUGUGGGAGCAAGAGCUGUGUGGCAGCCCGCUACGUGGAUGCAACAGUGAAGAAGGGAGCUGAUGGCAUACCCAGCAAGGCAACCUGUGACAAGUUCAUGUGCACUCAACAGGGAUCUGAGUGCCACAUCUGGAAUGGGCAGCCCACAUGCAAGUGCAGAGAUCGCUGUGAAAAAGAGCCACAUUUCACCUGUGCUUCUGACGGCAUGACCUACUACAAUAAGUGCUAUAUGGAUGCUGAAGCCUGCUCCAAAGGCAUCUCCCUGUCUGUAGUGACCUGCAGGUCCCACCCUGUAAACACCAGUCCUCUACCUCCAGGAACCACUGCCCUUCCAACGACCACCCUACUACUCACCACCCCACUAGAUGUGCAGCCUCCAGUCAUAACUGGGAACCCAGUGGAACAGUCUGUGUUUAUGGGCGAUACAGCCAGCUUCUUGUGUGAAGUGACUGGCUGGCCAAAACCUGAGAUUACCUGGGAGAAGCAACUGGAGGGAAAAGAGAACACUGUUAUGAAACCCAAUCAUGUGCUCGGAAAUGUGGUUGUCACUAAUAUUGGACAGCUAGUGAUCUACAGUGCCCAGCUAGAAGAUAUAGGUGUCUAUACCUGCACAGCCACAAACUCAGGUGGCUCAGUCCAAGCUCAUUUCCCACUCUCUGUGAUACAGAGAGACCCAGUUGAGGAAGAGAAGCCAAAGAACAUGACUCCUUUCCCUGCUGAGGAGUGCAUGAAGGAGCCAGACACCGGUGACUGUGGCGGGGAGAAGCUGAGUUGGUACUAUGACAGCAAGAGGAACAGCUGCUUCACAUUCACCUACGGUAACUGCAAUCAGAACCAGAACCACUUUGACAGCUUUGACUCUUGCAUACUGUCCUGCCAGGCAGAACUGCCUGCCCCAUGUGGCCUUCCUAGCCUUCAGGGCCCCUGUAAAUUCUAUAAGCCACGCUGGGCCUACAGCAAUACCCUCAAUCAGUGCCAACCCUUCAUUUAUGGGGGUUGUGGAGGAAAUGACAACAACUUUGAAACCAAAGAAGCAUGUGAGGACUUGUGCCCAUAUCCAAAGAACCAUCGCUGCAAGCCAUGCAAAUCGCAGCAUAAGAUGGUGUCCAGCUUUUGCAAGAGUGACUUUGUGAUAUUGGGCCGCUUGACAGAGCUGACAGAAGAGGAAGGCUCAGGCCAGGCACAGAUCAACGUAGAUGAGAUCCUUAAAGAUGAAAAGAUGGGGCUUAAGUUUAUGCAGAAUGAACCCUUGGAGGUGACAUUGCAGAACAUGGACUGGAACUGCCCGUGUCCCAAUGUCACUACCUCAGACAGUCAAAUCAUCAUUAUGGGUGAUGUGCACAACGGAAUGGCCGUGCUCCAGCCGGACAGCUUCGUCAGCCAGUUGAGUGUGCGACGGCUCCGCAGACUGCGUGAGGUGAUCAAUAAAAACACAUGCGAAAUUCUGAAAGAGUUCAGGGAAUAGGGCAGUGCUCUUAGCCCAAGAUGACUCCUAUUCUUUUGAAAACUCAAAUGACCAAUGACAUUUAUCAGUGUAAGAACUAUGCAAAAUAAGUAAUGGAGAAACUGUCAAUCACAUUUUUUUUUUUUACUUCUGCUUUUAAAUACUUUUCCUCCUUCUACUUAUACUUAACGUACGGUACUGUUGAUUUAAUUUUCUUUCCUUUUUUCUUUGUUUAUUAUAUAUAGUACUCUUGUAUAUGAGUAGUGAGUUGUCUAACAUCCACAAAAUUCCAGGCCAGUUAAGAUGUUUGCUUUGACAAGGUUGUAUAUACAGUAUGAGACACAGCUGUUCAGCCAUGAACUAGUGUCAACUUUCAACGUCUUCAUAGGAAACCUGCUAAAAUGCUUCUUAGGUUCAAGUGAAAGAACACAUUUGUAGGCAUAGGAAGCAUUAAUCAGACCCAUCUGGUAGACCAAAUCCCAGCACACACUGUGCCCUUGCUUCAAAAGUAUCAUCAUGCCUACCUUUAUAAAUUCAUGGAGGUUCAUUCAAAGAAUCUGAUGAUUAAUUUGUUGUCUUGUCUCUGUUACUUUAUUACUGGAGGCUAAUGACACCCCUCAAUAAAACUGUUGUAAUAUACUGUAGAAAGCACAUGGAUAAGUUGUAUUAUAUUUACUCUGAAGUUCUAUUUCAAAGUUUGUU